UCGUUUAAUGACAGGACCUAGUUCAGACAAUACUACCAAUAUAAUAACAUGGUUAUUAAUAUUACUUGUAGGUGCUCCAUUUAAUUUCUACAUCUCACCUCAGAUUUGGAUUGUUUUGCAUCCCUCUCUACCAAUCAUUUCAUAUGUCAUGUACUUUUCAUGUGUUCUAUUUCUAUUUUUAACUUAGUUCACUGAUCCUGUAAUAUCUACUAUCAAUAUAUAAGGGUAUUAUACCUAGGAAGGAAAUCAUAGAGAAAAUGAAAGAUGAAAAUUUAUUACAUUUUAUACCAACUGAAGAUGAUAAUGCAGAUUAUUAAGUUAAAAUAUGUGUCACUUGUAUGAUUAAAAAACCACCUCGUUCAAAUCAUUGUGCAGAAUGUGAUAAUUGUGUAGAUGUAUUUGAUCAUCAUUGUCCUUUUGUUAAUAAUUGCAUUGGAAAACGUAAUUAUGCAUAUUUCAUAUCAUUUAUAUCAACACUUACUAUGGCAGCUAUAUCUUUUGGAAUUGAAUUUUUAUCUUUUGUUAUACUAAUUGCAACAACUGAUGAAAAAGUUUAACAAAUUUUAAUCAUUGUUUUGAUGAUCCCUUUUGGAAUUUGUAUAAUUUUAAUCUUUGGUUUGCUUAUAUUUCAUAUCUUUCUCAUUAUUACCGGUAAAACUACUAAGGAACAACUCAAAAAUUUAGAAAUGAGUUCAACUAAUAGAAAAUGUCAAAGAACUAAAAGUCUAUUUAAUUGUAGAACAAUUAUUGAAAAAUAAUAAUAUGAUCAAAUUAGAUAUGAUUAAGAUUUAAUUAAAAUCAAUCCCAUUGUUGUUCCAACUUGA